CGCGACUAGAUAGCAGCACAGGUCUCACAUGCACAGUGGGCGAGAAAAAUGUCCAAGUGAAAAUAGGACAGGUGCAAACAUAGAAAUGGAAGUCCCAGUGUUGGUAACAUGAUUGAGCUUAUAUGGCUUGAUUCAUUUGUACACUAGCAGGGAGCAGUUGGUGUGUGAGUUUGCACGUAAUGAUGCAGAGGUUCAUCCUCUGAAGAAACCUGUUCAGUUUUGCUGGUUGUUUUAUGCCAGAGACUUCAUGAUGAUGAAGAAAAAAUUCAUGAGUGAACCCCCACUUCCACCUCCACCACUGCCACAGACAGAAGCUGUUUCAAAACAUGAUCCAAAUUUGUCAGAGACAAAAAACUAUACAAGACCAGCAAUAGAUCCCCUGGCACUGAGAGCCGUCAAGUUAAAGGCAACAAAUUCCCAGAAGGACCCAUCACGUGUUUUGGGCUAUAAAGAGUUGUAUGAAGAUUUGAAUCCUACAGAUGUCAAUGUUCAUAAUAUCCCUGAGAGGGCGCUCUAUAGUCUGCCUGUUAUGGCAGUUACAAAAAUCAUCAAAGCAGCACAUCCACAGCCUUUCACCCUGAAUUUCAAGGGGUUGGACGUAUUGACAGAUCUCUUAUUUAGCCACCUGGCUCUGGAAGAGAAGAAACAUGAGAACUUUGAUGGGAUAAAGACUAUUGACUGCAGUGGUUGCAGAUACCUGACAGAUUAUGGUGUACAGUGGAUGUGUAAGGUGUUUAAGUCAUUGGAAGAGGUCAUAUUAGAUGGCUGCCCUCUUCUGACAGAAAAAUCUCUCUGGUCCCUGCUCAGACUUGGAGUGAAAAAAAUUUCCAUGCGGGGGACAAUGGUCACUUUUGUCCCUUUUCUUCACAAAGAGAGGCGGUCAAAUGAUAAAGGGCCUAGCCACAUGGGUUUGUUGGAGGGUGUGUGUGUUGAUUUAGAUGGCUGCCCAAUACACACACCAUUUCCAAGCAAACAACAUAUGACAAAGCUUCAAAAAUGGAUCGCUGGUUUCGAUAGAGAAGAGGUGCAUAUUCUGUCCCAAAGCCACAUAAUUACAGAGAAACUGGUGAUCUUGAACAGUCAAGCUCCAUACAGUUUCAGCCACUGGCUGAUGACUGGGCAGAGAAAAGAGUGCCAAAACAGAGUCAGCUUUACUGAAGCGUGGAAAGUUGAUGUUGAUUUGCCUCCUCAUGAUCAUGUGUUUUAUAACAUGGUGGAACUCAGUGGUCCUGAAAAGGAUCUGUCCAGUUUAUUUGUGUCAGAGGAUUGUUUGGUGGUAGUUCCUUUCCUUGCUUCAAAAUUUACUUCAAAAGAUCGGCUGAAGUUUUGGAUUUGUGUACAACAUGAUCGUUUGAUGCAUCAGAAGGAUAGACCAUAUAGAGUAAUAUUUGUAAAGAUGACUGAAAUGGGUGAAGAUGGGAAAGAUGCAAAAACAGACAUUGAUUUAAGUGAGAAGGAGUUGGAAGACAGUUUGCAAGAAAGACGAGAUAGUGUUCUUUUGGAGAAAAUCCUGUAUGACCCGUCCUUUAAACUAUCAAAAGAUCUUAAAUUUUCAGGGCAGCAAAAGUAUUCCAGUUUUGUCAACUCCAGAGCUUCAAUGCACAACCCAGUUUUGUUGAAGACAAGUCUAGAUGACAAGGAAAGUAUUAAAAAAUUCUGGGAGACCCUGAAGAAUGAAAUGGUUUGGAAUGAAAGAGACCCCCAAGAAAAAGACCCCCAAGAUGACCACUUAAAACAGAUGGCCAAGAGUGACCAGUGGCUAAGCUCUCCAGAAAUGAUCGAGGUGAUGAAAGCCGUUCAGCGCUUAGGAAAGAAACAAGCAGUCAUAUCAUUCCCAGAUCUCUACAAGGAAUUGGUGAAAGACAUAGAGGGUUGCAAGCUUUUGGUUUCUAAUGGAGACCAAUCACUUCUGAGCUCUGAAUCAAAGUCAGUAGAAGAAAAGAUGCUGGAGGAGACCAACAAAGCCAUUGGACCAGCAUAUUUUUACUAUCAGAAGGUUGUGGAAAGGAUGCACAGACAGGGAAUGUGUCUGUUCUUCCCAAAUAUAAAAAAUCAACCAGUCAUCACAGACUUUUCCUGGCUUCAAACUGAACUCAACAGAAUGAUAUCAAUACAGGAAGUCAGCAUCCCAGUGCCUCAAAACAAGCAGCCUGGGGACGGGAUUGAUACUCUGUACACCAUAUUGGAGAAGUUUGGAAUAAUAAUUCGACAAACAAAAGAGUUCCUGCUGACCUUUAACCUCCCAGAAGAACCAGAUUUCCCAAUGGACUCAUACUGGUCAAAUGCCCCUGCUUCCAAUGAAGUACAACUAUCAAAGUGUUUCCUGCCAGUGCCUGAGUUACCUCCAGGAUGGUUCUCUCUUCUGCUGAGAAAUUGUACCAAAAUAGCACCUUCUCUGCUGAUCUGGAAGAAUGGCCUCCUGGCACAGCAUGGCGCAAUUUCAGUGCUGCUUGAGAAGAUAGUGAUCCCAAAAUAUGAACCAGUUUGUGAUAAAUCUACUGACAAAGAUGAGAACAAAGAACCACCUCCUUUGAUUGGAGUGAAAAUUAAUGAAGAAAACUCUGGACCAUCACCACCUGAGGCUAUAGAGGAAACUCCCGAAAAGAAAUCAGAAAAUGACCAAGAGGCAUCAGUAUCUAUUCCACCACCGCCUCCACCACCACCACCACCACUACCGCCAAGAUCUUACAAAGCAUCAGGUUCUCGGCCACUGCCUCCACCACGUCCACCCAAACAAAUCAAGAGAUUCCCUGAGGGCGCCACUGUCGUAUACUUAGCAGUACGUACCACAUAUGUGUUGGAGAGAAAGUCGAGCCAAGAUAGCAUCAUGAAGUGUCUGUGGUCAGUUCUGAUGAAUUAUUUGCACAUCACGGGGUAUACUGCGCAGAAGUACAUGAUUUGUACUCAGAUCUUCACUCCAUGUCCUCAUUGGAAGGUAGAGGACACCUGCAAUAGGACCAAGUUCUAUCGUCACCACAUGGUUGCAACCAAAGACAGCUUGAAUCAGGGGGAACCAACUGCUAAGUGUGCAGACUGCAAAAAAGAGAUAAGCCUGGACCAUGUUUUGGGGCCAAGGAAUUUAACAAAAAAUCAUGGCUUGGCUCCUGUCCAUACUAUAGAGCAGAUACAAUUUGAUGUCAACCCUAAGGUGGACUAUAACAAGUGCUUUCUGUGCAAUCACUGUGCAUAUGAGGGGAUGGACUGCCCUUUUAAUGGAACAGAUGGAGAAACAUCAAGACACUGUGGUUGCAAGAACAAGGCUCUUCUGUGUCAUCACUGUGGGGUGUGCAGUAGGUGUACAAAGUUUCUCAACAAGGUCAAGAGGACAAUGUCACCAGGUCUGGGACCCUCCAAACCUUUUGGUGCAGUUCAGAUGUAUAAUAGUGACCGGUACUCAGUUGUCCGAGGUUCUCACAUUGACAAUGGAGGUAAAGCACCAUUGAGCCUUUCAAGCAAGUGGGCAUCAUUGGACCCAAUCCAUUUUCCUUACUUUGAGGUGAUGGUUGUGCCAGAAAAAAAUGCUGUCACUACAGAGAUUGUCAGAGCUCAUGGAAAGCCAUUUUUGCAAUAUAACUUAAAAUCUGGAGUGAUAGCUGACUACGGAGAUGAAAAUAAUGUGAUAGAACACAAAGAUGACAAGUGGAUCGUCUCAGAGACAAGUACCAUACGGUUUCAUAUGAGGUUUGAUACAGAUGGUAGCUGCAAAGCUUUGGACAAGGGCAAAGUGAGGAUUGAUCUUUACAAAAAUGGUGAAAUUAUUUUCACCAAAAAGACUCAACUUCAGAUUUUGUGUGGCAUGGUGACUCUUCGGGCUAUACGAAGCUAUAUUUUCCUCCAUGCACCAGGACUACAGGAGAUAGGAUUACCCCCUCCUAGAAAGCCUGUCACUGACAUGCUGGUGGAGAUUAAGAGUAAAACCUCUGAGACCUACAUCCUGGCAGAGAUAGCAGAAAGAAAUACUGAUUUUUAUGUUUUCAAGUCAGUAAUGGACCAGAAUCCAGAGAAGAUUUUUUUGGAGCCAUUUUCAACUGACAUUUUUCCUGUUUAUUAUUCUUUCUACAAUAACCUGCCCAGUGAUUAUUUCACAAUAGUUGAAUUGGAUGAGUGUCCCCACUGCAAGGAGAGAAAUAUCCAGAAGUUGUCAGAAUGUGAAUACUGUGCAACAUCACUGAGGCAGAUGGAGCUAGUGGUUUCAAAGAAAAAAGAAUUAAAGGGUAAUAAACUACAGCGUUUGUUGGAUAGGAACAGAGUCCCUCUCUGGUUGUUUCCACAGUGUCAGCGGGCAAAUAUGGAGCCUUACCCCACACCAUUGGCAGAUCAGAUAUUUAGUCGCGGUUGUGAAAUGCAUAUUCAGGCACCAGCACAAAUGGCAUGUCAGCUGGCACAAAGGCUUCCAUUUAUGGAUGACAUCAUAUUUGCACAAAAAGAUGUUGCUUUCACAGGUCGAGUUGCAGUAGUGCUGCCAAGCUAUGACUACAACAAGCUUCACUCAGUGGAGCUGUCUCACAUGAGGCAAGAGGCCCUGACAAGGGCAAGUGCAAAGAUGAGGCUACAUCCUUUGUGCUAUUUCAGAGCAAAUGCUGUUGAAAUGCUAGUGGGAUUGUCAGAUCGCAAGCUGUCCCGAGAGGAGUACGGAAAGUUCUGGCAAAUGCACCUGUUGGACAGCCCAGGAGAGGAAGUGAACCAAAUAGAAAUUUGGGAUUGUAUGGCAGUGCUUUUGUGUUGCCACACUAUUUUGAAUUCAAAGGAGUUGGAACUCGUAUCUUUCAAAAAAAUAUUCCCUGAUUCUGAACUCACUGAAUCUGAGGUGAAAAAACUGCUUCCUGGUCUCCUAGACUUGUAUGCUCAGGCCCUCAUGAUGCACGUACCACGACUUGACUUGCAAAGUUUUAUUCACAAGUCUCAUUUGGCAACUGCUGCCAGGCAUAUUGUGAGCAUCGGGCAGCAGAAUAAGAUGCUCCAGUACAUGAUUACACAGGAUGGAGAUGAGCUCUUGCUUUGCCAGGCACACAGUAACUGCCUAAUGGAUAAAAAUGACAAAGAGAGGAAGUUGACAGAAUUUCCAAUGUCCAACUUUUGUAUAGAAGGUGUAUCCCACGCUCCACUUAUUCGCUCCCUCAGCAUCUCCAACGCUGGCUUGGAAAAGCUCCCAGAAGAAUUCUUUUCAUCUUUUCUGUCUCUUGUGGAUUUGGAUGUCAGCAAGAACCUCCUGGUGAAUUUACCAAGAGGUAUUGGAAGUUGUAGAGCAUUGUGCAAGCUUAAUUUACAGAAGAACCAGUUGGAAACCCUGCCAGAAGAUUUUGCCGACCUCAAAGAGUAUCCUCUGGAGUUGGAUAUAUCUGGAAAUUCAUUCCCAGAAUUCCCUGAAAUUGUCUGCCACCUCGAAAAUAUGAUACAUCUUCAGGCAAAUGAGCUUCUGCUGGUGAGUUUGCCAGUAAGCUUUGGAAAGUUGAAGGAACUGCAGCAUCUCUCCAUGAAGAAUAACUGCUUGCAUGUGCUGCCACCUACUUUCUGUCAACUCAAGAGGCUCCAGUCUCUGAGUCUUUCUGGCAUGUGUUGGUUCAAAUGCCAGCCAAAGAUGUUUUUGUCUCUGGCAGAGCUUGUCCAUUCCAUCAAGGAAACUAGAGCAGAAAUAUGGCUGAAAAAGCACAAAGAUGAUGAAAAAACACUGUACAAAUUCUUUGAUGAGGAUUCCAAUGGAUUGCUGGAUGAGAAUGAAGUGGCCAAAAUGAAUGCCAGCCUGUUCCACAUAUUCCCUAGAUUCAGAGGAACAGAGGAACAGAGUGGUUUCCCUCCAGAGAUCCUAGAUCUAGAGAGCCUGGAGUUUCUUGAUCUUCAGUACCAGGGAAUAACUCACAUCCCAGACGGCAUUGGCAACCUGAAAAAACUAGACACCUUGAUACUGUCCAACAACCCUUACCUGGAGACCAUCUCUCCUUACACAGGGCGACUCCCUCUGAAACGCUUGGCACUAGAAGACUGCCCCUCAGUGCGUACACCACCCAAGGAAAUCAUCGCCAAAGGUUUCCAGUCCACUCUGGUGUAUUUGAGGAGGCUGUUAUCAGGAUCAGUGGAGUGCAAGAGGACCAAACUGAUGUUGGUUGGACUUGGUGGGGUUGGUAAAACUAGUUUGGUUAAGGCUAUAAUGAGUGGCCAGGGUACGACGGAAAAGACAACAGAGGUGCCCCAGGUGACUGAUGGGAUAGAUAUAUGUACUUGGACGGUGACACGAGACAGUGACAGCAUCAGCUAUUCUGUGUGGGACUUUGCAGGACAAACUGUGUACUACAACACACAUCAGUUCUUUCUCUCAGAUCGAGCAGUCUAUCUCCUCCUGUGGAACAUCCGCCAAGGUCACGAGCACGCUGGGUUAGACUUCUGGCUGAACUCCAUAGCCGUCCACGCCCCCAAGGCCCCCAUACUGGUGGUAGGCACUCACCUGGAUGAAGUGUCCAAGGUGGAGAUCCCUGUUGAAGAAAUGCAGGAAAAAUACAGUCAGAUUAAAGGAUUCCAUUUUGUCAGCUCUCACAGUGGGCAGGGCAUUCCAGUCCUCCAGGACCAGCUUCUUGAUGUGACCCUGGCUCAGUCUUAUAUGGGAGAACAGAUCCCUAAAGCUUGGCUCAAUCUGGAGAGAGAGAUCCUCAAACUGAGAUCUACCCAAAGUGUGGUGAAAUAUGAUGACAUCCAAACCCUGUCACAAACAAGGACUGGGAUAUUCGAUGAAUCAGAGCUGAGUCAAGCAGUUCAGUUCCUGCAUGACCUGGGCAGUCUACAGCACUUUGACAGCAGCUUCCUCAAGUCUCAUGUUGUCAUCAACCCACAGUGGAUUGUGGAUGUCAUGUCAUGUGUAGUGUCUGUCAUGGACUCUCCUAUUGUGGAUGGUAACUUUGAUCAUAAGGACAUCCCCAUUGUGUGGAAGAGUUACCCAGAGGACCUCCACAGCUGGCUGCUGCGUCUCACAGAGGAGUAUGACCUGACCUUUCAACUCCCAGACAAACCUGUCAAUCUUGUGCCGUGCCUUCUCCCCGAGAGGCAGCCUCACUUUGAGUGGCCAGAGGUGGACAGAGAGAGUGGCCACAGAGAGGCAAAGAUGGUCUACAAGUUUGAUUAUUUGCCUGCGGGACUCUUCAACAGAGCACAGGUGAGACUCUAUGAAUUUUCAGACAGCUCAGUGAUCUGGAAGAGAGGCUCCAUGUUGAGAAAGAACGGACAUGUGGCACUUCUGACACAGCUAAGAGACUCUGAACUUCAUGUUAAGGUGAUAGGCACCUCCCCAGAGAAUGUUCUGUUCCUGGUCCAUGAGGUGUACGAGGGUUUGAUCAUGGAGUCCUUCCAGGGGGUGGUGUACGACUACCUCAUGCCUUGUCCAGACUGUUCUAAAGCUCAUGUGCGUGACCCCCACAUGUUUGCAGCCUCCUCCAUCAGAAGAGCUACCCAGCUGAAGGCACCAUUCUUGCAGUGCUCCAAGUAUUUUCACGUCAUACCACUGAGAGAUUUACACAGCAUGAUGCCCCCAGAGAGUAGCUCGGAUUAUGACCUCCAGCUGGUCCAGACUGUGAGGGGACUGACUGACCUCAGGAAGGAUCUCACCGCAGAUAUAUUCAUCUCAUAUUGCGUGGCAGACUUACCAGAGAAGAAUGAGAGUCGUGUGUCACCAAAAGAUAUCUGUAGAGAUUUGGAGGAUUCUGGAUACAGAUGUUGGUUCCCAGAAGACCCCAGCUCUCAAAGUCUGGAGGCAACAGCCAUAGCACUGCGUGAUGCCAGGAUCUUUCUGGCCUGUAUCUCUGACAACUACAUCGAGGAUGGAGAGUGCUGCACCAUGUUUAAGUAUGCCACAACCACGCUGAAGAAAAAUAUCGUCCUGGUCGUCCUGGGCAACAGCAUGGAUUGGCAGACCAGUCAGAUUGGUUUGCUUGUGGCAGGAGAGCUGUAUGUGAACAUGCAACAAAAGGACCGCUACAACUCCAAAUUGGAAGAACUAGCAAGGAAGUUAGACAGUAACACCCUGCUGAAGAAAGAUGAGAGUGUGGACUACCCUCCAGUGUUCAUCAGUUAUUCUUGGGCCAAUUCUGCCAGAGCAGUGCAACUUGGGACGCGUCAGGUAGAGGGAGCCACUGGAUAUGGCGACCCCAGGGAAUAUAAGGAUUUCUUGGAGAGCCACGGAAUAAAGUGCUGGCUAGAUAUAGAACAGACUGGAGCAAAUGGUCUGUUUGAAGACAUAGCAGUGGGUCUCCAGAAUGCCAAACUGGUGGUGGCCUGUAUAUCUGACCAGUAUGCACUCUCAGCCAACUGCAACAUGGAGUUUCGUUUUGCCAAAACGGCGCUCAACCUCCCCAUCGUGAUUGUAGCUGUUGGAAGCGGUCUGAACUGGAGACAGUCAGAGGUUGGCAUGUUGUCCAUCAACUAUCCAGUGAUUGCCCAUGACCAGAUGGAGAAACUGUUAGCACUGGUCAAGGAGAACUUGCCCAAGGAUGAUGACCAGAAGACACUGAUCAAAAAGGACGGCAAUGAGAAAAAGAAGCACAAGGAGCAGGUCAACCAGCAGCAGAAGACGAGUUCAUUUCAGGAGCUGUAUGAGCUGGCCCAAAGGAAGUUUUUGCGCCAGGUUGCAAAAUUUGCAAACUCGUUCAACAUGACUCCGUAUCCCCGCCUCAUUGUGAUAGACCAUACAGAUGAAGAGGAGGAAACAAAUGGGGAGGAACAGGUUGAAGAGGUCCAGCCAGUGGAAGAUGACCAAGAAAAGGAGAAAGAGAGUGACCCUCAGGCUGACCCUCAGCAACAGUACUGUUUCAAAAUUUUGUGUGAACAUGAACAGGGCUGGCACAUAGCUGGUAGUGCUGUCCUGGCCAACAAUGUGAAUGAUGCCUUCCUGCACAAGCUAAUUCCUUACCUGGUCCGCAUCAUGGCAAUUGUGAGACACAGUAAAGAUAUAACACUCAACUGUAUCACUGGAGAAAAGGGGGAGAAGUACUUCAAAUGGCUAGAAGAGGCCCCACAAGCAGUAGUGUCUGAGUGGCAAGAGGUGUACAGAGAAUUACUGGAAGAAGUAAUGGCAGCAGACAAAAACAAAUCAAUGGCUGGACUGGCAAGAUGUCAUCUGCCCAAUGGGAAAACAGCCUGGUUGUGUGAAGAGCAUCGUUCUCAUGGCAGAAUAACUGUCCUGAACUCUGACGGUAAUGCUGUCGUCUCGUCUCUAGAUUCUGGGAAAGAGAACAUCAUGCUGAAAGAGCUGAAGGCCCCGGACAAUGAGCUCACACAGAAAUAUAAAGCCAAGAAUGAAGAAAUGGCUGCUGCCAUAAAGGAUAAGAUCAAGAUCGUAGAGAGGAGUAUGCAAUCACAGACAAGUAAACCAGAAACCUCUCCAGUCUCUGACUCUGCUGUCAACCCCAUUGUAGCAGCAGCAGCAGAAGCCAUGUCACUCAGCACCAUCCCCAAGACAUCCCAGAGUAGAAAUAAGGGCAAAGCAAGAUUUAAAGCAGCGGGCAUUGUGGCUGCUGCGGCAGGAGUCAAGAACAAAAGUUCUGCCUGUCAUAUUCUGUAGAGGAAUUUCUUUCUUGUUUUACUAUUUGCUGAAAUGUUAAUGCCUAAUGGAGAAUGAUGAUAUUAUAAUAUGUAUAAAGAUAGGUUCAAAGGAAUCUGGUAUUGCAUUUAGUGCUGAUGGUACUGUUUUUAUUCUUAAUGUCAAUGAGGAGACUUGGAGGUGUGUUGUAGUUGGUUUCUUAAAGCUUUACGGUCUUUGUAUUAAUCGUGAUAAAACUGGGACUAUAUGGAUAAGGUCAAAGCAGUAUGCUAAAGAUAUUCUUUACUCACAAUAUCAAUUAAAAUGGAACAAAAACAGUUCCAAAAUGCAAAGAGUAAAGUUUGAUGUAGAUUUUAGUUAUAUCAUCGGUUUAACACAAAACGUUAAGGCAAGGUCAAGCUUUGUGAAUAAUGUGCUUUUUCAAUAUAGAGUAAGAAAUAUAAAAACUGCUAGGGAAAAAAAUGUAAUUAUAAUGAUGUUACCUUCUUCUGGCUUCGACCGUAUGCCUCUAUCCUUUUCAAACCCAAAAGAAAAACAUGGAGAAUGGAAGAAAUGUCGUUCUUAUCUGUGGAAUGAUAAGCCGAGUAAGAUUAAGAGAUAUAUUAUUUCCAGUGAAUAUAAAGGAGAGGGAACAAAUAUUAUAAGUGACAGACUUUUCAUGCAAUAUUUGAAAAUUCCACGGGUGAGAAGGCUUAUAUUUGAAAACAAGGAGUGGAAAAAUACCAUAGUUAAAUACUUGGGUAUAGAAAAUUGUCACAAAAUUAACACUUUUGGGACAAAUUAUAUUUUAAAAACCUUUAGGAACACAUCAGUGUUUGAAAAUAAGGCACAUAAAAAUAUCAUCAUUAGAUAGCAAGAUAUAGAAAAUUAUAACAAAUUCAUCACUUAUGGUACUGAUCAUACCGGUAUUUCAAAAUUCUUUCAGAACAUGAAAUUUCAAUCUAGGGUAAAUGUUUUAACAGCAUGGAAAGAUCUUUUUAGUGAAAUAAUUUCAAAUAAAAAUAAAGAAUUCUGCAAUCAGUCUUUUAUAAACCAAGGUAUGACAGAAAAGGUAGACUUGUGACCAAGCUUCUUUUGGGUUUGGGAGAAUUCAAUGGUUUUGACAGAACUUCCCAAGAUGUCUGUUGUGAUAAUAUAAAUGAAAAAUUUUUCGAGUUCCAUGGAAUUGUCUCAGAUUUCAAAAGGGGAGUAAAGAAGGACAGGUGUAUUUGGAAAAAUAAGUGAGGUACCUGUGUCUCUUCUAUAUGAUGUUUCUUUUAUUUUGUUUUCAUCAAACUGUGAUAAAGGUUUGAAAACUUGUCAUAGAAUUUUAAGUAAAAUGGAUGUUUAGGAGAUGGCAAAAAAAUGCUAAUGAAUGGAAAGUGUUACUCUACCUGGAGGAAGAAGAGUUUCUUAUGGUUUUGAAAAUUCCUUUUGUAAUUACCAAAAAUUCAGUAUUGCUAAAAUUUAAUUUUUCUUUUCUGAAGGCUUUCACUGAUUUGUAAAUUGAUAUUAUUUCAAAUCAAAUGUUAUAUUUACUCCAUGAGGUACUGAGUGUUUAGGAUAAGCUGCUCUGGAAGAGGUGUUAUUUCUUCAAAAAGAUCUAAGAUUAAAAAAGAUCUGUGAGUGUGCUAGCCAUAAUGCAUGUAUAAAUGAUUUUCAUUAUCCAAGAAGUUUGUUUAAAUAUAGUUUAGUCUUAUUUCUUCUCCACCUGAAGUUUCUUAAUAACCUCCCAUAGAGAUGAAAGAUACAGUGUGGCUAUUUUAGGUUAUUUUCAUCUCCUUGCACAUGCAAACAUAUGAAUUCUGAAAGUGUGUGAGAGUGUUCUUUGCUACUGAUUGUUUUAUUCUGUCGUAUACAUUUUUUUUUGUCUAAAAUAUCUUGUAAUGAACAAGUAUUUUCUUUUCCAUCAUAUUCAUAUGUAUGAAGAUGUAAGGAGCAAAUGGCAAUUUUGAAUUAUGUUAUAUAGUACAUCAACAUUAUAUGUUUUAGUUGCAGACUAUUUAAAAUAUUGAUAACUUUCUGCAAUUGGUAUAGGCAAGUAGUUUCAAAAGCCAGUGAUAUUCACACAUUAUUUUCAUAUAGCUAAUAGAAAUAGCUAUAUAGAAAUUUAACUCUGUGCAAUUAAACAAUUUCUGUAUGUUUUAUAGCAAUCAAAUCUUGCUAAUGGUUACAAAGCUAUUGAUUUCAUUCAGUUAUUGGGGUAUGAUAUAAAGCUUUUGAUACGUAAAAGUUGAAAGAACAGUGUCCCAAGGAAUAAAUUAUGACAUCAUGUUGUCAAAGCCAUACCCAUGGUUUUUACAUAUCAAUUCUGCACAAGUCAAAAUGCACUAUUAUACCUGUGAUAUUGGUAAUAUUAUCAUUAAUUAGUAUAUACAUAUUGUAUAUAUCUGCCUUCUUUGGCUUUGUUAGAGUACUUUGAUAUCUUCACUAUUUUUGAAAUUAUUUUUGAUUGUAUUUUAUCUCUGUCUUUUAAAUAUAUAAAUAGAAUAUUAAAGUCCGUCCAGUUCUAUCUUUUAAACAUAUAGUCUACAUGUAUUUUUAAUGUGUACAUCAGAUAGAAACAUUCCAGUCUUGAGGAACAUUGUUUAUUUGACCAGGGUUAUAGAUACUGACUGUGAUUGUUAUUUUCCCCAGGACAGUACCAUUUCUGUUACUUUUUAUUAACUUUGAUAAAUUAUGUAGCAAUCUUUUAUAUAUAUAUA